AUGAUUUUCAUAGGUGUUGCAGAGUACAUGGAUAGAUAUAGUCCAAACAUGAAGUAUACUGAUACAGACUAUCAUGUGUUUUCAGAUGCAGCUACUGCAGUAUAUAAAGGAGGCUCCCCAUUUGAAAGACACACUUAUAGAUAUACUCCUCUCGUAGCCUACAUAUGUCUUGUUAACAAUUACAUUCACCCAAUUUGUGCCAAAAUAAUCUGGUGCAUUUGCGACCUUCUCUUAGGCAAUUACAUGUUGAAGACUUUGGACAUUAUUAAUGAUAAAAAUAAGAAUCAAAACUUUUGGCUUGUAGCAUUUUUCGUGCUAAAUCCACAAACAAUAGCAUUAAGCACAAGAGGAUCAAAUGAUAACACGAUUUCCCUUUUCGUUUACAUUACCUUCUACUAUUUGCUUAAAAAGAGAUAUGUAAUGGCUGGGUUAUUCUAUGGGUUGAGUGUCCAUUUCAAAAUAUAUCCCAUCAUUUACUCAAUAGUCUUCUAUUUCUACAUAGAUUGCGAUGUUGAGCUCUUGAAAUAAGGCAAAAGAUGGGAAGCUAUUAAGAAGAACUUCUUUACAAAAAAUAGACUGAUAUUCACAUUCGUGUCUGCUUUUACUUUCAUAAGCUUGGUUUACUACUUCUACUUGCUCUAUGGCUAUGAAUUCUUAUACGAGGCUUAUCUUUAUCAUUUCGUUAGGAAGGAUAACAGACAUAACUUCUCGGUUUACUUCUAUAUGAUUUACCAAAUGUAUGAUGAACCCUCCAGUUCUCUACUUGCAAUUCUAUCUUUCAUUCCUUAAUGGGUACUGAUUAUUUAUGCAGGUUUACACUUCUACUUCGAUAUAUUCCUAGCUACAUUCAUCUAGACUUAUGUAUUUGUGAUCUUUAAUAAAGUAGUCACAGCUUAGUACUUCCUCUGGUACACUACAUUGGCCAUUUUGGUAUUACCAAGUAAUGAUUUAUUGAAAAAGCCUAUCAGAUUGGUAUUUUUACUUUUGAUAUUCUACUUAGCGCAAGCGCCAGUAGGUAUUUAUAGCUUCAAGCUUGAAUUCCUUGCUGAGAAUGUAUUCUCUGAGAUUUAAUGUUCUAACUACUUAUGGUUUGCAGUGAGCACAUUUAUCCUUUGCUAGUUCAUCAGUAAUCACAGACUUAGUAUAACAAAGCAGCUAUCAGAUGAAGAUCAAGCAAAGAUUAAGAUUAAGGAAGAAUGA